AUUGACGGAUAUUUUGAAGAGGAACUGAGAGGAAUGACUGUGAAAACAUCUGUCAACAUUGCAGUAAAUAAUAAAAUAGUAUUCAUUGUGGUCCUGAACCCUAUCUCAGAUUAUACAUUGAGAAUUGAAAUUUGAUUAAUCAGCAGAAAGUUAAUUACGGUGCGUGCGACAUGUCCCGGUCAGGUUAGAGAGGAGAAGAGUGACGUUACGAUGAUCAACAUCAGCGAGAUAGCGCAACGAUAGCAUCACUGACGACGAUGACAAUGACACGUGUUGUCACGAAUGAGGCAUAGUUAGGACGUUAAUCCCGACUGCGUGUAAAAGCGACGACGGUAUUGUACACGUCGUUGGAAAGAAACGGCGUUACGCGAAGUCGUUCUGAUCGAAGAAGAAGACGAUUCUGGGAAAGAUGCCGUUAGUCGUGAGAAACUGCCCGCAUCUGGCCAACCGCAGCGAUCUCGCCUUCAUCGAGGCGAUGAUGACGCGGGAGGAGCGUUUCGCCAAGUGUAGCGAUUGCGACAUUUCGGGACCGAAUCUCUGGCUUUGCCUGUUCCCCGACUGCCGCUGGAUCGGCUGCGCCGAGACGCAUCUCGACCACAGUACCAUUCAUAAUCAGAACUAUCCGAGCCACUGCGCUCACAUGAAUCUGUCUACCAAGAGAAUCUGGUGUUAUGCUUGCAAGAGCGAAGCUAUCGCCAAACAUGUGCCGUCACCUCCAUUGUCACCUACGCAAGUAGAGUUCAAAACUAUGAACAACAAGUUUGCCGGGGACGCACCUGGUGGUAGCCUCGACUCUAAACUGGAUGGCUUGGACAGAUUGAUGUUUGAUAAAUUUUAUGGAGACUGGUCUGUAAACAGAAUUAAUUCGGAAAAAAUAAAUUCGUUCAAUGAACGAUCCAGAGAUUCCCCCGAUAGUACAGAUUCAGAUGAGAGCAAAGACUUCUCCGGAAAGCCGAGAGGUUUAGUGGGCUUGCAGAAUAUUGGCAACACAUGUUAUAUGAAUGCAGCGCUGCAAGCUCUAUCCAAUGUGUCUCCCUUGACACAAUUCUUCUUGGAAUGCGGUCAUAUAGUCAAUUACAUGUCGAAAGACAGAAAACCUGGGUUGAGUCUAAGCUAUCUGAAUCUCAUUCGGGAUAUGUGGAAUAAAAAGACUAGAGGAUAUGUCGUGCCGCACGGUAUUCUAUCAGGUAUUAGGACAGUCCAUCCUAUGUUCAGAGGAUAUCAUCAACAUGAUACUCAAGAAUUUCUCAGAUGUUUCAUGGAUCAAUUGCACGAGGAGCUGAAAGAGCAUAUCGAAGACGACAGAGAUAUUCAGCUGCGACUUAAAGGACUGGGCGAUCACUCGUCGGAGGACGAGGACGAGACCGAGAUAGACGGCAAUGCGUCCAGUCAAUCCGACGCCGAGUACGAAACUUGUGACUCGGGCGUAAGCGAACAGAGCUCGCUGAGUGACGAAGGUGAACGCGGCACGAAGAGACGGUAUUCUCGAGUGUCGCAGACGGAGAAAUUGCGUAACAAAUUCACCAACAGAAAUUUGAAAAAAUCGAACAUGGAGCCGGGAUUGUCGACGUUUGCUCUACAGCAACGUUCUCCGCAAAACUCACCGGCUAAGCAUCGCACCAAGAAGCAAAUGAAAACGCGCAGCAUUAUCAGCGACACGUUCGAUGGUAAGCUCCUCAGUAGCGUGCAAUGUCUGACGUGCGAUAGAAUUUCCACGCGAGUGGAGACUUUUCAAGAUUUGUCCUUACCCAUUCCGAGUAGAGAUCACAUCGAUAUGUUGCACCAGGGAUCGCUGACACCGCAGAAGGCUGGACCAUGCUCUGACGUAGUCUAUGUGACCAAUCAGUCAGGAUGGAUAUCGUGGUUCCUGCAGUGGAUGCGCUCGUGGUUCUGGGGACCAGUGGUCAGUCUGCACGAUUGCCUAUCUGCAUUUUUUAGCGCUGAUGAGCUCAAAGGCGACAACAUGUAUAGCUGUGAGAAAUGCAAUAAGCUACGCAAUGGCAUAAAAUUCUCCAAAGUUCUGGAACUGCCCGAGAUUUUGUGCGUUCAUUUGAAGAGGUUCCGUCACGAAUUAAUGUUCAGCUCAAAGAUUGCCAACUACGUGUCGUUUCCCCUCGAAGGUCUUGAUAUGCGACCAUAUCUGCAUAAGGAGUGUGUGUCCAAAGUCACAACCUACAAUUUAAUAUCAGUUAUUUGCCAUCACGGUACGGCCGGUGGCGGCCACUACACCUGUUACGCAUUGAAUUCAGUCACCAACAAAUGGUACGAGUUCGACGAUCAGUGCGUGACAGAAGUAUCGCCGGAAACGGUCAAGCACUGCGAGGCAUACGUGCUCUUUUACAAAAAGUGGUCCCCGGAGAUGUCGCAACUGCGUGAUAAAACCAUGGAGCUCAUAGAAAUAUCGUCUCGCGAGCUAUCUGAUUUGAACUUUUUCGUGUCGCGGCAGUGGAUCAACCGCUUCAAUACAUUCUCCGAACCUGGUCCGAUCGAUAACUCCGACUUCCUGUGUCCUCAUGGAGGAGUAAUUCCUGUUAGGGCGCAAUUCGUCGACAAGAUCAGCAUGCCUAUACCACAAGCAGUUUGGGAAUAUUUGUAUAAUGCAUUUGGAGGAGGUCCAGCUUGCACACAUCUAUAUGAAUGUCCAAUCUGUGAAGAAAAGUACGAAUCCUUGCAGAAACGUAGGCAAUAUGAGAUGGAAGUAUUCCAACGGUUGAAUCACACUACUGACAAUCACACAGCUAUCUAUGCAUUAGCUAUGGCUUGGUUGAGGCAAUGGCAGAGUUUCGUCCGAGGCAAAGAGACACAGCCACCAGGACCAAUUGAUAAUAAUUCCAUCGUUGUAAAUAAAAAUGGACAAAAUAGUCUUAAAAUUGGCUCAGAUUACGGCCAAAUUCCCGAAGAGUUGUGGCAAUUUUUCCUGAAUACAUAUGGCGGUGGACCAGAAUUGAUGCUGCAUUCGUGUCAACGACCGGUGCCCGCUCAGCCUAAUGUUUCUAUACAUUCCGUGUCGAAUCCAAAUUUGAUAGAUCCGAAUCUUAAGUGUAAUCGUAUAGAGGCUAAGUCCAACAACAAACUUACUAUGACUAGGAGCUCGGAAACGAUUUCGCAACAAGACAGUGCGAUCGAAAGCCUACUUUCGAGCAGCGACUCCCAUCAGACACAAAGAGACGUGAGUGAAUAAAUCGCAAGUGAAUUUUACGCAACAUCCUGUUCAUUGUGACAAGCAUUUCCAUUGGUUCUUUAAGUUAGCCUGUAAGUAAUCAAAUUAUUAAUUUUUCGCGAAAUUCCGCGUUUUACGCUCAGAAUAGCUUGAUACUUGCUAAAUUUUUAUAGGCGAGAUACUGGAAUGCAUAGUAUCUACGUGUAUUUUUAGUAUCGUGGAAGUAAAACGAUCACCGUCAUUUUGCCAUGAUUUGAAGGAGUAAGACAAUCAGAUAUCUUUGUACUGCAUUUAUGUGCAAAAUUUGUAAAAUUAAAUUCAUUAUGUGCAAUAAAUUCGAAAGUAUCUUCAUCAUAAAGAAAAACUACAUGGGGUUAUAUAAUUUAAGAAAAUUUUUCAUCAACAUGCAACGACAUAUUAAUUUUAUUUGCAACAAAAACUGAAGACAAAAUAUUCGUUUUUGUUAUAGUUCAUUAUUAGAAAAAAUUGUUUAAGAACGCGUUGAAUAUCUGAAUAUGCGAGAGAGAUACAUCCUUUGUUUAUUUCCAAUCAUCGCAAUUUAAAAAAUGGAAUGACAUUGAUUGUUUUAAGUCCAUUACUUUGACACUAUGUGCACCGUAUGACUCGUUCAGCAACGUGGAAUUUCAUCGUACAAUUUCAUUGAUGGGAAUAUUGCAUAUGAUGGGAAACGUAGUUAUAGUACAAAAACAGAUUUGCUAUAGACCGUACAUUAUUUAAAUACAAAUCCUAGCUCGUAUUUUUCGCCCAAAGUCUAGGCCGUAAUACCGCGCGAUUUCGGUAUAGUUGAGGUUCACAUUUUUGAUGUUUAUACAUUCGCCGUGAUGUUGUAUGCGUGUGUGUGUUAUUUCUGCACAGAAAGACAAAUGGGUUUUCUCUUUCUCUCUUUCUUUGUUCCUCAAAGUCAUGUACAUAACAUCGUUACUUCUUUGUUGGUGUUGUAGCAUUUCAUCCCGAAAAAAAAGAGAAAGUGUGGAAGACUGACAAAUCGAUUUUAUUAAAAAAAAAAGACGUUAACUGUACGAUCUAUGCAGCAACUUAGUUACAAAAUCAGAUACGCAAAGAAGUUCGAUGAUCUAUUUCUUUGUUUUUAAGCAAAAAUUAUUGUUAUUAUUGUUGUUAUUUAUAUAUAAGUAAAUUUAUUGCUGUACACAUAUAAGUAUUUUCCACUUGCAGAGCUAACGCAAGAGAAGCUCUCGUGACAAUGCAAUUCACCGGUUGUCUUUGCAAUCUCCUGCAAGCAUAAAAAGGAAUUGAGCUAUGCAAGCUCUAAACUAUAAAUGCUUUAAGCUGUAUUAAAUAUGCAAUUAAAUAUGUAAAUGCGAGAAAACGCGCUUCUCUCAGAUAUUCACAGAAAUCUUUUAUCUUAUCUUUACACAUCCUGUCAAAGUUUUUACAUAAUACUCAGAUAUUUAUCACAGUUAGCACGAAUGUCAUCUGCAUUAAUCUGUAAUGUCAUCUGUAAUGUAAGAAAGGAGAUUGUAAGAUAAGAUGAGCGAUAUUUAGAGAAGAUUACGAUGUGCAUAUAAUAUUGAGUUAAAUAGUGUUUUAUUUGUAUAAUGCUAUGAUAAAUAUCACUUUCGAUUUUUUUUGUGUGUUGCGGUAAUCAUUCCAAUGCAACGUCUUUAAUUUUGAUAUUAUUUGAUUAUUUAGUCGCAGCUGGAUUGUAAAACAUCACUUUUAUUCAGCAAACUUAUAUAUUAAAGAUAAUAAUAAUUAUUCGAAUAUUGCGACAUAAUUUUACGGUCAAAUUUCUCUGUUAUAUAUGAGAAGCGUACUUUUUAUUAAUUUAUUAAUUGCAUUAUUUAAUCGUUUUAUGCUUGCAAAAGAUAUGGAAAAGAAUCCUAUACGUUUGUGUCACGAAUUACUCUUGCGGUUGUUUUCGUGCAUCCUAUCUCGUUAAUCUGGAUAUAUCUAUAUUUAAAGCGGGUAUUAAUUUUAAUAUAGCAUCACGAUUGCAUAUUGCGAAAAAGUAAAACAAACGUAGUGCAAUUUGAAUUUUGUUCACCGGGAUGCAAACAAUCGUAAAAAAUUGUUGAGGCUAAUUCUAUAUAAUCUGCUAUACAAAGCAUAAUGUUCAUAAUAUGAAUAAUAAAUGUAUAAGUUGAUUUCUUUAUUUAUUGAAUUCUGCAGAGACUGUCAUUGUCGAGCGAAAUGUGCGUAACUUUAAAUUAAGAUUCUCAAUUCUUUUUCUAUAUAGCUAUAAAAAAUUUAUUACCUUAUAUCGUGAAUCAAUUCACACAACACUGGUUUACUAUAAAAUAACAUAUUUCAUAAAAUUAUACGUAAUAUCGAUGAAAUAUUUGUGAGUUUAAUUAGGGUGAGCGAUACAAAAAUUUUCAAUUUUAAGUCGCAGUAUGGUAAAGGAUUCCAUCUCCGAAAUAUUGCACAAUAAUUGCAAGCUCAUUCCAUAAAUUUAAUUAAAAGCACCAAGAGUUUUUAGAUCUAAUUUAUUUCUAUUUGAUACACAAGAUUGUGCGUGAUUAAUAAUGAUAUGAAUAAAAUGAUCAAAGUGUUUCUUUCACGGCA